GCGUUCCCCCAGCAUCUGGAUUUCGAGCAGAGGGCCCAGCCGCAUCGAGCGAUCCCGCUGUGUCUUUGGCCCUGCGCUACUUUUCCUUCGGGCAUCGAGUCUCAUUUCUUCGGCUUCGACCUCGGUUGCAACCAUGGUUAUAGCCAAGCUUGCGGCUAUCGAGCAGGAUAUGGAUGUCUGUCGCUGCAAAGGACAGUUCCGCCUACUUCGGGAUCUCGCCGUAAAAUAUCGGCGCAAGUACUAUCCGAAUGGCUCGGCUCGGGAAUACAUUAUGCUCGCAGAUGCUCUGAUGAAUCUGCUCUUUCAGAGUCAGGCUCCGGACUCAACCCCUUAUGAUUGCGACUUUGCGUUGACACCUGUUUGGAGCAUGAGGCUCGCUCCGAAGCAGACCGACGACAUUGCCAACACCCUCCAGCAAAUCAAAGCCGCAGACGGAGAAUACUACAAGCAAGCGCAAAUACUACUAGCUCGACUCGAUAUUGUUCACGGCAGCCCCGAUGCCGCGCUGGCGAAGCUUAGGGCAGUCCUUAAUGCCGAAACGCACUCGAGCCCCACCGAAUAUGGCGAGUCUGCGAAAAUCGUGGCCGUCAUGGGUUGGACUCUUCAAGGAGUCGCGCUGGAGCUCAAGGGCGAGCUCAAUCUGGCCAUUCAGUCCUACGAAUGCGCCGCGAAGCAUUUGCAAGUCAAGUACUCGGUCCCGGCUGCUUCUGCCAAGACAGCCGGACGAAUGAUCGAGCCCGAUGAAUGUCAGUGGACCUACUGGCUGGAGGAAACGCUGUUCAGACAAACAUGCCUGCUGAUGAAACUCGGCGACAGAUCAACGGUGCAUAUCCCCAUCCGGACAUACGUGACCACGCUCGCCUCCACCUCAAACAGCUUCCAAACCGCCAGGAAGACGAAGGUGUAUCGAUGGUAUCUCAAGAUGAUGCUCAGUGCACCGCUGACGGCAACAGGAAGCCCAAACCUGUCUGCGUCACGGUUGAAUGCCGCUGGGGAUCGCUCGACGGCUGAUUUGCAGACGUACGCAAAUCCGUUUUCUGGGAUUCCAAGCCUCGCCUUCCCAUGUGCCGACUUGCCCUUAGGGAUACAAUCAGAGUUUCGCAGCUGCUUGACAGCCUACGAGGGACUACUUGCGCAGCUCAUCCGGUUCCCUCGCGGAGAAGACAUGUCGCCUGAAGAGCAGGAGCGUAUUCAGCGAUACCACGAAUGCAUGGACUGGAUUGUGAUGAGUGAGAUGUCACUUCCAUCUCGCCAGGCUCAGUCCGUAUCGCGCGCAGAGGAGUGCGGCGAGAUCAUUGACAGUCACUAUCGACUGCUAGAGAUCCUUUACCAAGGAGCCAAGCACACUUUCGAAUCACUGAGAAUUCUUCGAUACAUUGUCCAUGCUUUUGCGUCGCUUAUUGUCAACUUUCCUGAUGUUAUCCCCAAACAUGAGUAUGAGGAAGCGGAAUGGGCUGUUGCUGCUUAUCUGGAACUGUACAAUCGAAAACUCGAUGAUGCGAUCCAGGCCGGCCAGAAGGCCCAUCGAGAUGAAGUCGUCGAGCAGCGGCGACUCUCGCAAAUGAGUGCCCAUGGGGCUGGUCGACCUGGUCCCGAUCCCGUCCACUCCGCGCCAACAAGCGGCAAUGACGCUUCACAGCCAUCAGCCGCACAUGGUCACAUGCAUAGCCGCGAUAGUUUAGUCGUCCGUAUUCCUUGUCUGGAGAAUGAGGGGAUAGUCGACACGAUCGGCGUCUUGAUUUCCGGGGUGCGGAUCAUCCUUUCGAACCUGAACGGCGACGAACAGAAGGCUCGAAAGGCUGUAGACUACAUGGAGCAAGCACUCGAGCUUUUGAAGGUGCAUGGCGCCACCCUCGCAAACUUUGAUCCUGUUCUCGUCAAGGUGGAGCAGUACCUGGGGAUUACCUAUGGUGAAAUGGCGCUGGAGGUGUCGGACUCGGAGCUUCGUGGCCGCUGUCAAGAAAAAUCGAUCGAGCAUCUGAGCUGCGCAGUCCAACUCAAUCCAGAGCAGUGGGAAACGCGAUAUCAGCUGGCACUAGCAUACGCCGAACUUGGCGAGUCCGACCUAUCGAUCGAGCAUCUGCAAAUCGCCUUGACACUAAAUCCAACCCACGCCUCCUCCUGGAAUCUACUGGCACUUGUCCUGAGCUCCAAGAAAAACUACCUUGCAAGUUUGAGAAUUUGCGAAACCGGAUGGCGACAGUGCAUCAACUCGCUCGCCACCAGAUUGGGUACUCCGCCAGAGGCCAUCGAUGGAUCCGGCGAGCUUCCGUUACUCUGGGACUGUGUUUCUCCUUUCGAAAAAGAGUCUUUGAUGAACCUCAAGAUCACCCAGACAUUCCUGCAGAUUGGAAAAUACGGGCCCAAGUCGGGCUUAGAGAUGGUCCAGGGACUUCUGACCCUCUAUCGCAAGCUGUUUGGCAAUCCUCUCAGCUACCGAGCCGAAGAUCUCGGCAAACCGUACACGGCUGUUGUUGAGAGUGGUACAAACUCAAAUGUGGCAGAGAGUGCUCGCAUGCCCAACAGCGAUCCCCUCGGUCGCCAGAGUGUCGAGUUUCUUGGACACGGGAACGUGUAUGUGAGCAACAGUACCGGUGACGGCCCCCGAUCCAACACAAUGGCUCAAAAGUCGCCGCAUUCACGCGCUCCUACGGCUGUUUCGACGUUGUCGACCACCUUCCAUCGCACAUCGCCGACACAGCAUCAGUCAUUUUAUCGGUUCAAGGUCUUUGAGCAGCAGAUCUCACUCUGGCUCCUUGUGUCUGCCCUCUACCGCGAGGUCCAGCAAUACGACAAUGCGCGUGGCGCUGUUGCUGAAGCCGAGAAAGUCGCCGAGGUGCUCGUCAAGAUCGAAAACAAGGUACGCAACGGGCCCUCAGCCCGAUCCAAGGCCGAGAUUAUAGCAAGCCUCUCCAAGCCAAACACCGAUAGCCUUGGGGUCUCGGGCAGAUCAACUCUUGGAGGAUUUCAAAAACGGAGCACCCAGGCCGGGGACUCAAGCGCGUCUGUGGCUGCGGGGAGCCCAGCAACAGCCACAGCAUCCGUUGUCAGUGUUGUUGGUCUGUUGCAGUUUAACAUGGACUCGACCAACCCCGUCCCAAAAUGGGGUUUAACAGAUGCUAACAUCAAAAGAAUCCUUGCCGAUAUCACCUUUGAGUCGCUUGUGGUGGAAUAUGCCGAAUACAAAGGCAAGCACCAGCCGGCACCCGGAGGCAAGUAUGACAAGUAUAUGUCGCCGGCAAUGAAAGUCGAGGCCGCCCAUCAAGUGACCCGGCUCAAGGUCUCUCCGUCGUCGGCAUCCAUUGCCAGCACCGUCCCAACAACAUCGCCCACUAAUGCAUCCAGCGUUGGUGAGCUCACUGGGGCCGAUGGCUACAGCACACAGAGCGGACAUAGUCUCAGUGCCGGCAGUCCCGCAAACGUCAUUCUGCUGAAUCAAGCCGACCGCAACGAGCAGAUCCAGACAAGCAAGCUAGAGGCACUGCUGGCCGACUUCCAGGCAAACAGCUAUUUGGAUGAACAUCACAUGGCCACACACUAUUACCUCGGCCUGUUGUACCUUGAGACAGACAACCUGGCCUUUGCCGAGCACCAGUUUCUGCGCGUCGUCAAGCAUUCCAAAGGUCGUGGAGGGUCGGGCGGACAGCCCGGGAUGGCCUCCAACUACUCGGGGGUUUCAAGCGUCUGGAGCCACGAGAGCUGGCGCCAACUGGGAAAGAUUUUCAACCUGACCCAAAGGCACCAAAAGGCUCGAGAGUUUAUCUUGUAUGCCGCUCGCCUUGAGCGAGCGUGCCCGAUCCGAGGGUUCGAAUGCCUCUCCCGAAUCGACAACUAGAGACGAUCCAAUAAAAAACGGGACACCCGGACUUUGGUCAUUGGUAUGGCUCCCGCGAGCGAAAGACAUCACCCAGGAGACGGCGAUUCAAGCGACUCGAUCUCCAGGUGUGCUCACAAUGCCGGGGAGCCAAGCGACUCGAGAAGGCCGAGUAUCUUGAUGUCGAUACACCAUGGAGCUGUCCGGAGGGUCG